AUGGCGAGUUCAGCCCGUCAGAUAACGAAGCAGCCCAGCAGUAACUCAGUCAGGCGAUCAUCCUUUGACAACUCCUCCUCCUAUUUAUCCGGAUCUUUCCUCUCGGGAUCGCCUAUAGCCCAAAUUUCCAUCGCACGCGACCUUGCGGAAUGCGACGACGACGAGGUUGAAACCCCCGAAGAGGGUCAUGCCAGCUCAGAUGAUGACUCCUCGGAAAUUUCGACUGACGCCGUGCAACACUCCAUGGCAAACUCGUACCGCAGACCCAGUUCCGUCGCUUUUGGGGGCGCCAGGGCAGCGGUCACCCCGCAGUUCACAGAGCCGAACUACCUGACCAAGAGGGAGAAAAAGCAGGCGAGGAUGGAGGAGAGGAGUUUGCUAAGGGACAAUUAUCUUGCGCCUCCGAAACACCCAGAGUCGAAAGGGAGGGGCGCCCUGGACCGGAUCUACAAGUGGCUUUUUAGUCCCAGGAGACCAAGGGCAGAUUCGGAUGAAGAGGGUGUUGAGGAGCAGUCCGAGACGACUGCGUUGCUGGGUGAUAGCGUGCCGGAGACGGCAAGGAAUCGCCAUGAAAGACUGAACGCGCAGUGGGAGGCUGCGGUUGCGUCGGGGAAGAUCAAAACGACGUGGCAGCGAGAAGCGAAGACGCUGUGGACAUAUUCCAGCCCUUUAGUGAUUACCUUCGUACUGCAAUACUCGCUUACAGUCGCGAGUAUCUUCACGGUUGGCCAUUUGGGUAAGGUGGAGCUUGGAGCUGUCAGUCUGGCUAGCAUGACGGCGAAUAUUUCCGGGUACGCAAUUUACCAGGGCCUGGCGACUAGUUUGGAUACGUUGUGUGCGCAGGCUUAUGGGAGUGGGAGGAAACAUCUCGUCGGGCUGCAAUUACAGCGCAUGGUCUACUUCUUGUGGGCUUUGACGAUCCCGAUUGGCAUAAUCUGGAUAUUUGCCGAGAAUAUCUUGGAGAAGAUGGUUCCGGAAAAGGAGUCUGCACGACUGGCUGGCCUGUACCUCAGGAUCCUGUUGAUAGGUGCACCUGGAUUCGCGUGUUUUGAGAGUGGAAAGCGAUUUGUGCAGGCUCAAGGUUUGUUUUCGGCUACGACGUACGUGCUGCUUGUUGCGGCUCCUCUGAAUGCGUGGAUGAACUGGUUGUUCGUGUGGCGCUUCAAUUGGGGGUUUGUAGGUGCUCCUAUUGCUGUUUCCGUAACAGAUACGCUUCUGCCGAUUCUUCUACUUUUGUAUGUUCGAUUUGUGGAUGGACGACAGUGCUGGAAUGGAUUCACUUGGAAGGCAUUCCAUAACUGGGGCCCGAUGAUCAAGCUUGCUCUCCCUGGUCUCCUCAUGGUCGAAGCCGAGUAUCUCGCUUUCGAAAUCCUUACCCUGGCAGCUAGUUACUUCUCAACCACUCACCUAGCAGCUCAAAGUGUUCUCAGCACGCUCACAGCUCUGACCUUCCAGAUCCCGUUUUCAACCUCCAUUGCUGCGUCUACCCGUAUUGCCAAUUUGAUUGGAGCCACCCUCACAGAUGCUGCCAGGACCAGCGCAGUUGUGGUCAUGGUAAUCGCCUCUGCAUUAGGCAUCAUGAACGUGAUCCUCCUCUCCUCUCUUCGUAAUAUUAUUCCGCAACUCUUCACCAGCGAUGAAGACGUGUCCGACCUCGUCUCCCAAGUCAUGCCUCUCUGUGCUGCAUUCCAGCUCUUCGACGCCUUGGCGGCUAACUGCAACGGUCUGUUGCGCGGUAUUGGACGCCAGGAGAUUGGGGGAUGGGUCAAUUUGUUCUUUUACUACGCAGUGGCUAUGCCGAUCAGUUUCUACACGGCGUUCGGGCUCGGGUGGGAAUUGGAGGGACUUUGGAGUGGCGUUGCGCUCGCGCUUGGAUUGGUUGCCGCCGCCGAAGGAUGGUUCAUCUACAAGGCUGAUUGGAACAAAGCUGUUGAAGACGCGAAAAUGAGGAACAACGACGGCUAUUGA